AUGUCUGUGUUAUGGCCCGGACGAUGGCGGAGGAACGCUAAUGAGGUCUCAGAGUUGCCGGAGUCGGUGAAAUCCUCGAGCUCCAGCUUAACGCCGUCCCAAAUGGACCUGGCUAUCAUGAACAUGCUGUAUGCAGAGGAGAAGUGGGACUCCAUGUGCAAAGGAAACCCCAUCACGAUGUCUGGGAAACGACGUCAGCUUUGUCGCAUGGUAUCCAUUGUGGCGGUGCCGCUCAUGAUCCUCAUCGGCAUGACGGCCAACACAUUCGGCGUGACAUUACACGGUUACCUCAACGCUCGCGGCAUUCGGAGAGUUUUGCGUUUCAGUAUAGAAUUGGGGGACUUCAUUCAUAAUUUACAAAAGGAGAGGGACGCUAGUGCCCUGUACUUAUAUAACUCGCUGAGAUCGGACUCUAAAGAGGCGUUGCUCGAGAGCUACAUUGACACGGAUAACGUUCUGAAAGAUCUUAGUUACUGGCCGUCAAUUACCGCUAUUGGUGCCCCCGAAUUCCUCACGCAAGAGAAAUACCAGAUCUAUCUAAAUCAGCAUCGCUACGAGCUCGAUACGCUCAACCUUACAGUAACGCAAGAGCUUCUGUUUUACACAGAAGGCAUCAACGUCUUCCUCGACUGGCUGUACGAUUCCAUAACUGAGGCCAGAUCGGGUACGGUAUGGAGGAGUCUCGUCGCCUUUCUUGAAAUCACUGACGCCAAAAUUUCUUUCGGAAUAGAGAGGGCCCUGGGGGCAAUUUUUUACGCUCGUGGAAGUUUCCCAACCAUAGAUGAAUAUCUUUGGUUCUCUGAGAGUCAAGAUAUUGCUAAUGCCUCCUUCUGGUCAGCUCGUCGAUUUUCAGACGUCGCUGCAUCAAUCUACGAUGAACUUAUUGCUAAAAAUGACACGAUUGUAGGCGUUCUCGAGCACAUGAGACAGGAUAUCCGUCUAAACGAGCGAUCUCAUCGGAAAGGAUCCUUUAGCACUGCCGAGUACUGGAUGGAGAGCGUGACCAGUUACCUCAAGGUUCUACUGGAUACCCAGUUAGCGGUGAUGUCAUCCAUUUUUGAUGAAUUGGAUGAGCGGGAUCAUGAAGACUUGCUGAAGAUGAGUGUCAUAGCCAGUGUCUUCUUCAUUGUGCUGCUCAUGUGUCCUGUUAUUAUCCAUGGUGUCUACAACUUGACGACAGAGAUGCAGAGCUAUUCAAUCACCCUAGCUAGUCGAACAAAUGCUCUCCAGAAAGAAAAGAAGCGAACUGAAAUGUUGUUAUAUCAGAUGCUUCCGAGGAGCGUUGCCAACAUUCUUAAGCGAAACGAAGAAGUGGAUCCAGAGAAAUUCGCCGAGGUCACGAUCUUCUUCUCGGACAUAGUUGGCUUCACACGGAUGUCUUCGCAAUGCUCCCCAGUUCAGGUCAUCAACAUGCUAAAAAGCUUGUUCACAGUCUGUGAUAAGCUGUUACAGCAGUACGACGUUUACAAGGUUGAGACGAUCGGAGACGCCUACAUGGUGGCCUCGGGUCUGCCGAACCGGAAUGGCAACCAGCACGUUUCUCAGAUCGCCACAAUGGCACUGGAUCUGGUUCAUACCAUUAGCUUCCUGGAGAUUCCACAUCUACCGGGCUCAAGGUUUCAUCUCAGGAUCGGCAUCCACACAGGUCCAGUUCUCGCGGGUGUUGUCGGGGCCAAGAUGCCGCGCUACUGUUUGUUCGGAGACACGGUAACCAUUGCCAGCCAGAUGGAGGCGCUCGGGUUGGCGGACCGCAUUCACCUGAGCCAAACGACACAUGAUAUUCUAAAGGAAAUGAGUGGAUUCAGCAUGGAGAUGCGAACAGACGACGUUAUCCGAAAAAAGCGUCAGGAUGAUAUAACUUUGAACCGUGAGAAUUUAACAACCGGCAUCAGCAAACUCUUCCCCGGAGUUCUACAGCGGCGUGACCUAAUAGAAGGAAUUCUGGGAAAGGAUCACUAA